GAUAUGAAAGUUUUUCGUAAACGUCCUUUAGAAAGAAGAAUAGCAUUUCAUAAGUCCUUCCUCGCUCGGCUAACCUUCUUGUAGGUUACUUCCUCCCUGUUAGGGGCACAGACAAAAUGCAGAGCUGCACACAGCUUUAUCGCUCUCUUGCCACGAGGACUCACCAUCUGCCCCUCAAACUCCAUGGGGCCACAGCUUUGUCUGUCAGAACAUACGCCGAUAAAGCAGAAAUUGAUGCAGAUGUCACAGUGGUAGGUUCUGGUCCAGGCGGUUAUGUUGCAGCCAUCAAAGCAGCACAGCUCGGCUUCAAGACUGUUUGUGUUGAGAAGAAUGCCACACUGGGUGGGACCUGUCUCAAUGUUGGCUGCAUCCCCUCAAAGGCUUUGCUAAACAACUCUUAUUUGUACCACAUGGCGCAUGGGAAAGACUUUGAAAGUAGAGGCAUUGAAAUCUCAGGAAUCUCAUUAAACCUGGAGAAGAUGAUGGCCCAGAAGAGUGGGGCAGUGAAAGCGCUGACCGGAGGCAUUGCACAUCUGUUCAAACAGAACAAAGUAACCCACGUUAAUGGUUUUGGUAAAAUAACUGGUAAAAAUCAAGUGACGGCUACUGCAGCAGAUGGCACCCAGCAGGUUAUCAACAGUAAGAACAUCCUGAUCGCCACAGGCUCGGAAGUCACCCCCUUUCCUGGUAUCCAGAUCGACGAAGAGUCUAUUGUGUCAUCGACUGGAGCUUUGUCCCUAAAAAAAGUGCCAGAAGACCUGAUUGUUAUCGGGGCUGGAGUUAUUGGAGUGGAGCUGGGGUCAGUUUGGCAGCGCCUCGGCUCCAAAGUAACGGCAGUGGAGUUCUUGGGCCAUGUCGGGGGCAUGGGCAUUGACAUGGAGAUCUCUAAGAACUUUCAGCGCAUUCUCCAGAAGCAGGGGCUCAAGUUCAAGCUAAAUACCAAAGUCAUGGGCGCCACCAAGAGGCCUGAUGGCAAGAUCGAUGUGACGGUGGAGGCAGCAGCUGGUGGGAAGAAUGAGACUCUUACAUGUGAGGUGCUGCUGGUCUGCGUCGGCAGACGGCCGUAUACCGAGAAACUGGGUUUGGAAAGUGUUGGUAUCGAGUUGGACAACAGAGGUCGUAUUCCAGUCAACAACCGCUUCCAGACCAAAGUACACGGUAUUUAUGCGAUCGGGGACGUGGUCGCCGGCCCAAUGCUGGCCCACAAGGCUGAGGAUGAGGGCAUCAUCUGCGUGGAGGGCAUGGCUGGUGGAGCAGUACACAUAGACUACAACUGCGUUCCUUCUGUCAUCUACACUCACCCUGAGGUGGCCUGGGUGGGAAAAACAGAAGAGCAGCUCAAACAGGAGGGUGUCCCAUACAAAGUUGGCAAAUUUCCCUUUGCUGCCAACAGCCGGGCUAAGACCAACGCGGACACUGAUGGCCUGGUGAAGAUUCUAAGUCACAAGGAAACGGAUCGGAUGCUCGGAGCGCACAUCGUCGGAACUGGAGCUGGAGAGAUGAUCAAUGAGGCAGCGCUAGCCAUGGAGUACGGUGCUUCCUGCGAGGACGUCGCUCGGGUCUGCCACGCACAUCCUACCGUGUCUGAGGCUUUUAGGGAAGCCAACCUGGCAGCAUCGUUCGGCAAAGCCAUCAACUUUUAAGGUCCCAUCAGCUGCUGCACCAUGAACGGACACGGCGACUGAGAAACGAGAUGCUCAAUGUCUGCAUCAUGGCCAUCACUAGCAUAGACCACCCUUGGCCCUUGGUCCAUAUCAGCAGGAUGCUUAGUUAAUUUCAUGUUAUUUAAGUGUUUCAAAAGGAAAGGGGUUUUAUUGGUAAAAAAAAACGCUUAUUUGGCUGCUUUUCAGCAGAUGCUAUAAACUUCCCAUUGGAUUGUUUUCCUCCACCUUACUUUUGAACAGAGACUUUGAUGAAACUAUAAGGUGGUUUUCUUCUCUAACGGAAGACAAGGAUGUGUUUGACUGCGUUCCUUUUUUUUACUGUGUGAAAAGGUUGCGAAUAUUCCAAUCGGACAAUGCAUCAGAAAUAGUUCCCAGUCAAGAUGGAGGCCCUUUCUACUAUAUCAGAGGUUUUGGAAAAACAAGUCUCUAUGUUUGCACCUGUUCCCCACAUGUAAACAACACAUGCUGUCUUCUCUACAAUUCUUGUAUUAAUUUACUACUUCUAGGUCAUUUUGGACUCCGUUUAAAGAUCAAACAGCUGGAAAGUUUUUUCCGGAGUCAGGCAGAGACUGCUCUGUAUUCAUCCAAACCAAUAAAUGCAGUUCUAUAAUUA